UGACGUUCUUUAACGCACCUUUAAAUCAUUGCACCGGUAAUAAUUUCGAGUACGCUGUACAUGCUAAUGAAGUGAUUCGGAAGUGGCUGGUUAUUCUUCGAUUGCUAUAACUUGUUCUUCGACAAUACCAUGCCAUGCGCUUGUUUUAGGGGUUUGGGAAACGCUUUUUGGAUACAGUGGAGAUGAAAUGUUCCUUCAACGAAACUUGAUGACUGCUACCGCGGUUGUGUAUAUAAUAACGUUUCUCUUCGCACUGCCUUUGAUGUGCCACAAGCUUGGUUUCUCGUCGUAUUUCAGGAGUCCAACGGAAGCGUAUGAAUUUCUAGAAGCACAAAAUGAAGAGCGAAUUAUGAACGCGAGAAACUUCUUUCGAAAUUUUGAUGGUAAAGUCGAUUACACUCACGAUAGUCAAAUUGAAUUUUCGACUGUUUUGUUAACAGCUUAUCGCGGUUCAAACACACAUUAUCCGCUACAAGUCGCCGCUCGUUUGCUUCCUCAGGUAAUUAAUGAUGAAGGAAAAACUGUUUUCACCGUGUUAAAUUUUGAUCCACAACUGAAUGAAGAUGUAGCCUAUCUUUCACAUUUUGUGAACGUGAUCAAUGGUUCGGCCUACGGAAACGCCGCCUCGAGAUCAAGGGAGAAAGAAGAUUACAUUAUGGGUUUAGAAACAGCUUUGAAACACAAUUCAACGUACAUUUUAAUGCUUGAGGACGAUGCACUGCCAUCUAAUAAUCUGCUUAACAACCUACGCUUCGUUUUGAAUCAUCGGAUGCCUGGAAGACUUUUGAAAAGUCGCCGCGAUUGGGCUUUUCUGAAACUCUACUACCCUGAGAAAUGGCAGGGUUUCGGCUGGCCGCAGGUACCAGAACUUCUACUGGUCGGUUUAUUUGGAGGAUGUUUAGCUGUUUGGAUACAAUUAAAAAUAGAAAGGCGAAGGAGACAUUCUAUCUCUUUAACAUUCAUUUUAUGGGCAGUCUAUGCUAUGUUACUUAGUUAUACUGUUGGCAGAGCUCACUGGAUAGAAUUAAGAAAGCUAUCGCCAUUCUUGUUUUCUGUUGUCCAAGCGGCCCGAUGUUGUACACCAGGCGUGCUAUAUAAUAGAUCUCACGCACGUGACCUUGCCAAUUUUCUAAAUUCGGUUCAAUGCAGUGAAAAAUAUCCAUUGGAUUUUGCGAUCGAUGACUUCGCAGACAAAUCGAAUUUGGAGAGGUAUUUAGUAGUUCCAAACAUGGUCUCGCAUAUCGGCGUUCAUUCCAGUCUAAGUAACCGGUUGAAAGAUUCUGCAGAAUUUUUCUUGAUGUUUAAGCCAUGAUUAAAUAUUUCGAAAGCGUUUUUGGCUGAACAGGCACAAAUCCUACCAGCAAAUGUAUGAGAUGAAAGUUGUAAAAGUACAGUCAAAUUCUCAAUAACAAAUAUCUCACCUUC